AUGACCCAGAACGUCGACUUCAGUGCGCUUAAGGCGCGGACUAUGAGAUCUGGGGAGGACGAAGAGGCUGUCACCGUAGACACAAGGGGCCUGAUUUCCAAGGUAUUAGCGCGUUACUCAGGUCAAUGGACUGUAUUACGAGAGAUGAUCCAGAAUGCAGCUGAUGCAAACGCUACGAAAGUUACUAUCAAAUUUGAGACUCUGCCUUCGAAAACGGUCCCAUUUCCAUCCACCACCGACAGGACAAGCCUGAUAAAACAUACUAUAUCUCAUCAUACGAUUAAACGCCUCCUAAUCUCUAACAACGGACUCCUUUUUAACGAGAAGGACUGGGCUCGUUUGAAGCGUAUUGCCGAUGGUAAUCCGGACGAGACGAAGAUCGGAGCUUUCGGCGUCGGCUUCUAUUCGGUUUUCGAAGAUUGCGAAGAGCCCUUCGUCUCCUCAGGUUCCGAUGCAAUGGCAUUUUACUGGAAGGAGAACGCUCUGUUUACUCGUCGACUGCAGUUGAACGAGCAAGCGAACUCUGAAACAACAUUCGUCUUGGAUUAUCGGAACGAUACUUCACCGAUUCCGUCGCUGAUGCAACUAUGCCAGUUUCUAUCCAGCAGUCUCACAUUUGUCAACCUUGAAUGCAUAGAGCUGUGGCUAGAUGACUGGAACAUACUACGCUUGGCCAAGAAGGCUGCCCCAGGCAUCGCCCUUGCCUUGCCAAAAGAUAUCGAGACGAAGACUCAGGAAGGGUUAAUGAAGAUCACCAGUGUCACAAGGGAGGUCGCGCAGGUCGACGCUGCCUGGAUGCAAGUCGUUGAAUGGAAUCCAAAUUCGAGCACUCUCGUUGAGGGUAUUCGUGAUACUACAUCUUCGUUGCGCAGCUUUCUGUCAAGACUCACCCAGGGUUCGUCUAGCAAAGUGGCAGAUACUCAGAAGAAAGAAGCUGCCGAUGACACAGGGGACUUAACAAAGAUCUCAACAGCCACGAUAUUUUUGCACAUCAACACCGGAAGCAUUCAGGCCUCUAUCAGCCAAUCUCUAGGCAGCGAACUUGAACGAGCCACAAGAAAGCCUCCACCUAAAAAGACGUCAAUUGCAGUGCUGACACCUUCGUAUGAUACGAGUCUAGCGUCAUCGUCUUCGCAAGCUGAAUUCCUAUCUACCAUCCUUCCCUCGAAGGGUGGCCGGGUCUUUAUCGGAUUUCCUACCCAGCAGACAACCGGUCUCAACGCUCAUAUCUCUGCUCCUUCUGUCAUUCCGACAGUGGAGCGAGAAAGCAUUGACCUUAACUCGAGAUAUAUUCGCAAAUGGAACACGGAAAUGCUAAGAGCAGCAGGUAUAAUCUGUCGAAUUGCAUGGUCUGCGGAAAUGGCUUCAGUUAAAAACAGAAUAAUCUCUGGGAAAGAUCCGUCCAAGCAGUCAAAGAUUCGAAAAGCGGACAUUACAACUGUCCUUCCUGAGGCUAUCCAUACUGCAAACCAGUUCGUGUUUCGUGAGUCUACACCAUUAUCCGUGCUCGGUCAGAUAAUAGAGGAUGCCUUUUGGACUUGUAAUAAGAACGCUUCCAUCGAGGUAAUUUCUACCUGCGGUGUUGUCCACAACCAUCAGGCACGCAUAGCCACCAAAGACUUAACUUUCUUAGACUCUAUACCUGUGUUGCCAGAUGAAUUCGUGGAGGGCUCAAAAGAGUUUGUAAAGAAACUGACACUGCUGGGCCUUGUGACUGAAGUUACAGUGACUGAUAUCAAGCGUGAACUGGAAACUUGCCCGCUACGUUCUUCUCAAAUCACCGAAUUCCUUUCUUGGUUGGCACGAAGAACAGUAUCUGGCCAACUCGAUUCAUAUUCCGCGAGGAGCAUAUUGAACGUCGCGGUGGCUUCUGCCGAUGAAAAUGAUACCGACACGGGUUUGAUAGUUUUCUCUGGCGUAUCGCUCUUCUUGAACCCUCAGCGUAUACCUGCUGACCUACCUUUGCCACCUGCCGUGAUGCCGUUCAAAUACACUAAGUCUCUGAGCAAAAAAGACCUAGAAUCAUUUGGAUGGGAGGAAUUGCAGAUAGUCCCCUGGUUGUGCUGGCUUGUCAGCAAUGCCGGCAAUCGGGAUGUCCUUCCACAAACCCAAGAUAUCACUAAAUGCCCAUCCUUUGCAGCCCAAGUACUCCCUGUGAUAUCGAAACAAUGGGAAACUCUGGGUCAAUCCUCGAAACAAGACGUGAUCGAUCAGUUGCAGGCGCAUACCGUGAUUCCUACCAAGAUCGGCAUGAAAUGUCCGACCGAAGCGUACUUCUCUUCCGUCCGCCUCUUUGACGACCUGCCCGUGGUUCAUGGCCUCCAGGGAGUAAAAGAGAAACUGCUGACUGCUCUUGGCGUACGUAAAACAGUCGAGCUUGGUGUUAUUUUUGAGCGUCUCCUCAAUGCUCCCGGUUCUUCUGAUGGAGACAAAUCUAGCCAGGGAAAAUGGAGCCACGUUGAUUUGAUACGAUAUCUGGCAUCUGUCAGUAGUGACAUACCUGCCAGUGACAUCAAGCGGCUCAAGGAUACCAAUUUUUGUACCGCCGAGCCUAUAAUUGACCAUGAUGGUUCAAGAAGACCAAAUGAAGACCGCUACAAGGUUCAGCAACUUUACGAGCCGAACGACGCGCUUAGAGCCCUGAGGCUCCCAAUCCUAGAAUGGCCCGCAAAGUUCACAUCGAGCAGCCCUGAGGGCAGAUUUCUGGCAAGAUUGGGCCUGCGAACCUUUCCACAAAGUACUGUGCUCACACGAAUUAUGGCUGCGGCGGCCGAGCACAACGACUGGGCACUGCACGGAAAAGCCAUGUCUUACUACGUUACUGAGUUCGAAAACAAUGGCUAUGGCGCCAUCGAUUGCGGUUCGAUAAACGAUGAAUUUCUUCCAGUCGAACAAAUAAACGAUUCUGGCGCUGAGAAACGCUACAAAGUUAGCGCUCCAAGCAAGUGCUUUACAGACGAAGGUGCCGCUUUGUUCGGUUAUGACAUCCUUCGUAAGGAUCUCCACCGUCAUGCUUCUAAACUGGGCGUUCAACGACACCCAAAGUUAUCCAAUUGCCUUGAUACAUUGAUCCGUCUGCCACCAUCAACAGUACGAGAAGCGAGGUCACUCUAUCGGUAUCUUGCUGGAAGGGUGUCCGAACUCACCCCGCGGGAUAUAGACCGCGUUGGAAGAGCUGAGAUAGUGCCAGUCUUUGCAGAAAACAACAAGGGCAGCACGAUGCACCGCGUGGCGCCAAGCCUUUGUUACCUAGGAGAGGGCGAAGAUUACAAAGAUAUAUUUGACUUUGUGGACUUUGGUCAAGAAGCAAACCUCUUCUUGAUGGCUGUCGGAUCGAAAAGGGAGCCGACCAAAAUAGAGCUUGCGCAGAUGAUAGUCAGAGAACCAGCUCGAAUAUCUUCAACCUUUCAAAGCGGAGAAAAGUACCUCAAGCUCUUACGGACGCUUGCUGAGGACAUGUCUCUUCUAAGGAAAAACAAAGAAUUAUGGCAAGAAAUGAAAAGGUCAGCUUUCCUACUAGCGAGCAAAGACAUCACUUCAACCGCACAGGUUGGAGACGGAGCCAAGAAAAUUGUCGAUAAUUCUGAUGACGAAGACGAGGCUGAAGACGGUGGUAUCCGAGAAUGGGCUUUGACUAUGGCAAAAGAGACGAUCGUGGUGGACGAUUAUCAGAGCUUUAUUCUUUUCAAAGACCACGUUUUGGCUGGCAAACCAGCCCCUCAAGAGGAGAUUCUCGAGAACUUCUAUCUUGCUCUAGGUGCCUUACCGCUCAGUCAACUUGUGGAGGAACGAGCGAACUGGGGGGCCCCGGCUACUGAUCAACGUCUUGCAGUCAAAUUGUUAAAAUUGAUUAAAGAGCGCUCAAGGCUUUUCCUCCACGAUCAGCCCGCUGAUAGUAUCCGGCAUGACAGCCGAUGGCUUGAUAAGAACCUCAACGUGCAAGUAGUCCAGUCCAUCACACUCACACGGUCACUUCGAAAUCGUGGUAUAUCCUACAGACAGGAGCGAAAGGCAAUAGUUACAGAAGUUUCAAGAGAGUGUAUCAUGCGGAUAUGCCCAGAGAAGUAUGAUUUCUACGAAAUCAGUCAAGCGCUUUCCUCAUUGAUUCUUGCACGACCAAAGCUCCAUUCGGCUCUGACCCUGGAAAUGCUUUUGAAAACUGAUCUGCUGGAGCUCAGAGGGCGUGGCUACAAUGUCGACCGCAUUCUAAAGCAAAAGGCACACGAUGCUCAGAUCGCGGAGACCCGACGCCAGCAACAGCUGGAGGAAGAACGUCGCCGUUUACGGGAGAAGGAACUGGCUCUGGCUGAAGAAGCUCGAGAUCAGAUAGCCGAAACUCAGGACGCGACAUCAAUGCCCGGGGUCUUUCCCGACUCUCCGUCGUCAAAGGAUGUUCGUCCAAAUUCGCCGACACAGUCUCCCAAGGAGAAGCGUAACCUAUUCUCUACAUUUACGAAGCAUUUUAGCGAGGGGAACCGGUCAUCUUGGAACCCCUUCCGAGGUGAAACUGCCUCGUUACCUGAUCCUCCUAGAGCUUCUCCUCCACAACUUCCGACUGAACAAGUGAAACCGCCUCGCCCUGAGGCUCCGGUGGCUGUUAACUCUGCGCUUCAAUUACAAAAAAGCUUGCACUCCGCCAUACAAUCUAGCCGUUCUCAUGGCGCAUCGGGUGUGUUCUCCAGACCGCAAGUUGAUCGAAUCAAUGAAUUGAAGUCGUAUUGCGACGAGAAACCAGGCCACGACCUGGAGUUCGCUGCCACACUUCCGUGUGGGGUCAAUAUUCUUGUUGCCAGAUCUGUAGAAAGGUCUGCGUUUCUCACCAAGAACAGUGUUGGUCUGAAUUUGUUUGGGUCUAUAUUGCUUGAUUGUGCCGAUGUUUUUGCUCUACGGCCUGACACCGUGAGCAUAUUCUAUGACCCCGGCUCAAAAGCCAUCGGGUUCAACCGGUCUGGCAGUAUAUUCUGCAAUUACCACUAUUUCCAGCAACUACAUGAGAAGGCAUUGCUCCAGAAACCGACUCCAGACCGGGCUGAAGCUAUGGUCUAUUGGUGGGUCACGCUUUCACACGAGCUUGCUCAUAACCUCGUUGCGGACCAUAGUUCUGCACAUAGCUAUUACACAGAGAGCUUUGUGAGUCAAUACUUCACUAGAAUUGCAGCCAAGAUCGCCCAUGCUGCUACCAAGAGGCCUAAUCCUGAGCAAUGA